AUGAUGGCAGAUCAGAAUGUUGCCGGUAGUCAACAGAGUCAGGACCUCGUGACAAUCAGCGAAGUUGUGAAUACCGGUCAUGGCAGCAGCAAUGCAACGGCAAGCAACAGGGGUCAGAAGGCUGAUAUACCACCGCCAAAGACCGAGAAGCCCCGGCCACAUGUCUGUGUAAUUUGUACUCGUUCUUUCGCACGUUUGGAACAUCUCAAACGUCACGAGCGAUCUCAUACCAAGGAAAAACCAUUUGAAUGCCCGGAUUGCACAAGAUGCUUUGCGAGAAGAGAUCUGUUGCUGAGGCACCAACAGAAGCUGCACAUGACUACAACACCAUCAUCUCGUCCCCGUAACGUGCGAAGGGAAAGUACAAGUAGUUCCACUCGCGUUAGGAAGAAUUCGAUUGUGAAUGGGGGCAAUAACAUGAGGCCAAGGGCCAACACCAUCAGCCAUGUUGACCGACCAAACGUGGGAAUAAUCAAUAAUCCCGACUCGUCGAAGACGCCGCAAGCUGGCCAUGCGCAUCACCCAAGUCUUAGCUCGGUGCCGAGUAUGCCGGGGCUGGAGUACCGUGGGAUGCCUUCUGAUAACCGUCACGCCACGAUAAAUGGUCUUACCAAGCUUGAUACGACUGCCAUCCCCCCUAACAUGUGCGACGGUCUUCGAACAGCUCCGGUUUUUGGUAGCUUUGGCUCUGAUUUUGGUCUUGGUGACAUGAUGCUGGGCCAAGGAAGCACUAUCAAUCCCGCUCAACUGCAUUUCUCGGGUUCUCCCAACACCUUCCUGGACACUCCCACUUCCCCAUUUACUCCCGCGUUCUCGAAUAUGCCGGCCGCCCGAAACAUGUACGAUGACGAUAUCAAGUAUGACGGCUUCGACAACAUCAUGAGGCUUAGUACCAACGAGUCCGCCAUUGACAACUCGUCUCCCUCGGCGAUGAGUACGGGGAGCCCAAGUGGUAUUAGCGAGGCUAUCUUAGACACCUCCAAUCACAUCAUAACAUCGUCCUCUGGCCCUUGGUCGAGCACAUUGCUCUCUCAGAGCCAGCCUAGUCAGUUUGGCUUGGAUUUUCCUCAGACCACGUUCCAGGAUCUUUCCGCGCACACUGGAACGGUAUCUCCGAAGUCGCUCCUGACCCCAAUUGCUGACCAGUCGUUUUCAACAUCACCAUCUCUUGGGACAAUGGGAACUUCGGUCCUAUCCGGCCUUCCCACUAACAUGUUCCAAAAUGCAUCACCAAGUGCCACAGGAUUUGAGGCGAACUUUUUGCAGACUGGGUUGCCGUCAUAUGCAAAUACGAUUACAGAAUCGACUCGCCAGGCCCUUAUGACAACUCUCCAGCGGCCUGCAACGUUUACUCACCGUCGAUACUCCCAACCAGCAUCGUCUUCGACCUUUCCAGCCGGCAAUUUACGGUCAGCGAUGUUUGAGAACACUACAUCAGCUCUGCCAAACACUAGUGACCUCCAGCGUUAUAUAGGCGCAUAUAUUACCUAUUUUCACCCUCAUUGGCCGUUUCUCCAUAUUCCAACCCUUGAUUUCAAGGCGCCGGAACAUGCCAACAGAUUUAAAGGGGCUAAUGGGUAUGGCAAUGCGACGACAUCGAAUCCUUCGGGGGACAAUGGCUGUUUGAUACUCUCAAUGGCCGCUAUUGGUGCUUUGUAUGAGUUCGACACCGCGACUUCGAAGGAGCUUUUCGAAUCUGCGAAGAGGAUGAUCCAACUGUACCUUGAAGAAAGACGCAAGGCAGACUCGGGCAUUCUUAAUCGCUCGAAUUCUGGACGUGACAACUCAGUGCAGAAUACUCCUUUAUGGCUGGUUCAAGCAAUGCUGCUUAAUGUCAUAUACGGACAUAACUGCGAUGACAAAACGGCAGCUGACAUUGCAAGCACCCACUGUGCGGCCUUAGUAAGCCUUGCGAGAGCGGCGGAACUCACCCAGCACCACCCCCCUGAGAGUCUUCCAGCAGAUCAGUUUGGUUAUGCUUCAACCUCAAUUGACGCUCAUCUAAACGGCAACUACAUGGAUUUUUGGAGCGUCCAGUCGCCGGAGGUCUCUCCAGAAAGGAUCGAAUGGUUGAAAUGGAAGGUAGUAGAGGAGCGGAAACGGACUUUAUAUGCUAUCUUUACUUUAUCGAGUCUACUCGUGUCUGCAUAUAAUCAUGCUCCCGCUCUUACUAACUCUGAAAUUCGUCUAACUUUGCCAUGCGACGAAGAACUUUGGGCAGUGGAUUCCCCCGAAGCCUGGGUGGCAUUGGGUGGCCAAGCGCACGCGGAACAGAAUGCAGUUAAAUUUUCGGAUGCCUUGAAGAAGCUUCUGAUAGCAGGACAACACAGCCAUUCUCCGCAUAGCCAAUUUGGAUCUGGUAUGCAAAUGGACGGAUUGCCUCCCACAGAUCUUAAACCGAGCCCUUUUGGAUGUUUGGUCCUGAUCCUUGCUCUCCACAAUUACAUUUGGGAAACCCGUCAGCAGCACAUGGGAAAGCAAUGGACAAGUCAGGAAACUGAAGCCCUAUAUGUGCAUAUUGAGCCCGCUUUCCGUGCAUGGCAGGCCGCCUGGGGUAGCAAUCCGCAUCGCAGCUUGGAACGACCAAAUCCGUUUGGUGCGGGCCCCUUAUCCGCGGAUAGUAUACCUCUUUUGGAUCUUGCGUAUGUUAGGCUUUAUGUCAAUCUGGGUCGAUCCAGGGAAGCCUUUUGGCAGCGUGAUUGGAAUGCGAUGGUUGACGAACUUUCCCGAUCCGCCGAAGUUCCCCAACCUUCCAGCGGAAGCCCUGGCCCAGAAUUCGCGCAAGAUCUACUCGCCGAAUUUAAUACCCUAGAUGUUGGAGUUUCCAAUGAUCCUAGCUUAGAGACACCGUUUCAAGGAACCUCUUGUCGUCGAACAAAAUCAUCAAAAAGCGAACGGCAUCUGCGAAAGGCUGCGUUCUAUGCAGUGGAUUCCAUCAACAUGGCGGACAGAUUUGGCAACACUUUUUUUGAAUUUACGUCCAGGGAACUUCCACUUCAGAGUGCAAUGUGCCUAUUUGACUGCGCGCAGGUAUUGGCGGAGUGGAUCAGUACUGUCCAGGACCGGGUUGGGCCCUAUCUGGGAAUUCUUGGCCAAGUUCCCACCGAUUUGAGCCAGGUUCCCGUACUCAUGCUGCUGGAAGACGAAGAUUUUAAACUGAUUCAGAAGAUCGAGGAUUUUCUCCAUAGCGUCGAAACGAAAAUGAAAGACAGCGCACCGAGUCCAUGUUCGAGCAGCGGCGAAGCGUGGGAUUGCUUGCCUAGCUUGAUGGAAGGUGGAUAUGCGACCAAGGUCUCAUUAUCAAUAGCUUAUUUGCUGGAUCGUGCGGGAGUCUGGCCUGUGAUCAAGUUAAUGGCCAGGGCACUUGAAACUCAAGCACGUCGUAUGAGAGACCGAGCCCAGAAUUCCCUCUCUGGCUAA